AUGGGUGGUUUAGCAAAUAACGGUCAUAAAGUUUAUAAAUUGGGUCGUGCUCAUUCUUAGAGAUUCCAUUUGAUCCGUACCUAAUUAACUCAACUCGUCAUGCACGAGCGUAUCACUACCACUAAGACUAAGUGCAAGCACUUAAAGCCUUACGCUGAAAGACUUCUUCUUAAUGCUAUGAGAGUAGCCAAAACUAAUAGCAAUCAAUCUAGAUCCUUUUUGCAAAGUUUCUUGACCACAAGUUUAGCUAGAAGAAAAAUCGUUAAAGAAAUCGCUGCCAGAUUGGGUGACAAAAACAACAAUUUCAUUAAUGUUCGUUUCUUGAGUGAAAGAAGAAAAGGUGAUAAAGCUGAAAUGGGAUACAUUGAAAUCAAGGGUAAUGAAUUAGAAAACUACGAGAAAUCUCUCGAAAGAGAAUAAAUUGAAAAGGGAGAAGUACCUGAUCUCAAGGCUUUCAAGGAAAAGGUUUUUAAAUAAGAAAGGGAUUUCUUGGCUUUAAAAUUGAAAGAAGCUGAAGAAAAUAUUAAUCUUAAAAAGCUUGAAGACGUUGUUUUGCUUGAAAAGGGUAAGAUUGACGUUGCUGAAUUUAAUAGAAGAGAAAAAGCUGCAGCUGCAACUAAGGCUUUCUUUGAAUCUAAGCUUAAACAAGUUGAACAUGAUCUCUUCAUUUGCAAUAAAAAUAAAUACGAUCUCAUCAAGUAUGUAACCUACUGA